ACACAGCUGUCCUGAACACAGUUUAAAACCCCACACCAACACUGUGUGGUGUUAGUGGACAAGGGGAAGCCGUGAACUUCACACAGCUGACUGGAGGAAAGUGAAGCAUGGCAGCUUUUGAACUGUAUGCAUACCAGAAGGAAGUGGCUGAGAGGGCUCUUCACAAAGAAAACAUCAUCAUUUGGCUGCCGACAGGAGGUGGAAAGACCCGAGCUGCUGUCUAUGUGGCCAAAAAACACCUGGAGGCCACCCCACGGGCCAAGGUGGUGGUCCUGGUGAACAAGGUUCACCUUGUAGAUCAACAUUACAAAAAUGAGUUCAAACCUCACCUGGGCCGAGACUACAAAGUGUUGCCUGUCAGCGGAGAGACAGUGGAGAAGGACUUCUUUGGGAAAGUGUUGCAAGAUAUGGACGUCGUCAUCUGCACAGCACAGCUUUUGCAUAAUGCUCUGAUAGACAAGGAUGAGGACAAACAUGUGGAGCUCUCGGAUAUUACUCUACUGAUAAUCGAUGAGUGCCACCACACCAACAAAGAUGCAGUCUACAACAAGGUGAUGACAUUCUACCUGGAGAAAAAACUAAAAGGAGAGAAAUCAUUGCCACAGAUCCUGGGUCUCACUGCAUCACCGGGGACAGGGGGUGCAAGGGACUUACAAAAAGCUACGGAGCACAUACUGCAGAUUUGUGCCAACCUUGACUCAGCCAUAGUUUCAACUACAAACUUUGUCGCUGAGCUGAAUGAGAAAGUCCCCAGGCCCAUCAAGCAGUUCGACAUUGUGGACCCAAGACCUGAGGAUCCGUUCGGGGAUCAACUGAAGUCCAUGAUGCUGAUGAUCCAUGAGUUCAUGAACAUUCCUCCAGGCUUCAGACUGAGACAGUGUGGCACUCAAGAGUAUGAGGCAGAUGUGGUGGAACUCGAGAAGAUAGGAGUCAAAACGGAAGACAGAAUGCUAGCACAAUGUGCACUUCACCUCCGAGAGUACAACGAUGCCUUGCUCAUCAACGACACGCUGCGGAUGAUAGAUGCUUAUCACUGCCUGGUGGAGUUCUACAGGAACAAGAUAACCAGAGAAAUUGAAGGAACAGACAUCUUCCUGGCGGGGCUUUUCCAAGAGAAUCAGGCGGAGCUGGAGAUAUUGGUAAAAGAUUCUCGCUAUGGGAACCCAAAGAUGGACAAACUAAAAAGCACUCUGCUAGAACAGUUUGUUCCAAGGGAGAAUUCGAAGGGGAUCAUUUUCAGCAAAACCCGUAAAAGCACCCACUGCCUGAACGACUGGGUUCUCAACGAUAAAGAGUUAAAGGAAGCAGGUAUCAAGCCAGCCAUCCUCACUGGAGCCGGUAACGGUAUCUCUCACAUGACAUUGAACGAGCAGUCAGAAACAAUCCGCAAUUUCCGCCAAGGUGCUGUCAACCUCCUGGUCUCCACCAGUGUGGCAGAAGAAGGCCUCGACAUUCCUGAAUGCAACCUGGUGGUACGCUACGGACUGCUUACAAAUGAGAUUGCCCAGCAGCAGGCCAGCGGACGAGCCCGAGCAAAAGACAGCCUGUAUUCAGUGGUCGCCCAGAGUGGGGGGCCGGAAGUGAGGCGGGAGCGCACCAAUGAUUAUCUGAAAGAGCUGACAGAAAAAGCUAUUGCUAAGGUCCAAGAGAUGUGCCCCCGAGAGUUCUCCAAAAAGAUAGCUGCACUGCAAAGGGAGGCAGCUAUUCAAAGGAGUCUUGCAGAGAAACUCAAAAUGGAGAAGAGGAGUCGCUACCCUGCUGCCAGUUUCAACCUGGUGUGUCGAAGCUGCUUCACCUCUGUGGCCCCUGGCAGUGACCUGAGACUCCUGGAUGGUGUGCACUAUGUCAACGUCAACCCUGACUUUGAGUGA